UCUUGGGUUCCGCGGUAGCGGUGGCUGCGGUGGGGUGCCGCUUCUGGGGAGUGGCUCAUCCCUCCCCCUCCCCCCCACCGCGGCUCGGUGGCGGCGGCUCCUCCCACUGGGGGGAGGAGGUGGCGAGGUGGAGGUGGCAUCUAGGCCAUGGCGGCGACUGCUGCUAACCCGGAAAUGGCAACAGAUGUACCAUCAUUGGGAUCCACUAUUGCCUCUGGAAACCCUGGGCCUGGGAUUCAAGGUGGAGGAACCAUUGUCCAGAGGGCUAUUAAAAGGCGACAAGGGCUGGAUUUUGAUGAUGAUGGAGAAGGGAACAGUAAAUUUUUGAGGUGUGAUGACGAUCAGAUGUGUAAUGAUAAGGAGCGGUUUGCCAGGUCGGAUGAUGAACAGAGCUCUGCGGAUAAAGAGAGACUUGCCAGGGAAAAUCACAGUGAGAUUGAACGGCGGCGACGGAAUAAGAUGACAGCUUACAUCACAGAACUAUCAGACAUGGUACCCACUUGUAGUGCCUUGGCUCGAAAACCAGACAAGUUAACCAUCUUGCGCAUGGCAGUUUCUCACAUGAAGUCUUUGAGGGGAACUGGAAAUACAUCCACUGAUGGGUCCUACAAGCCAUCUUUCCUCACUGAUCAGGAACUGAAACAUCUGAUCUUGGAGGCAGCAGAUGGCUUUCUGUUCAUUGUCUCAUGUGAGACAGGUCAGGUAGUGUAUGUCUCUGAUUCAGUGACUCCUGUUUUGAACCAGCCACAAUCUGAAUGGUUUGGCAGCACACUGUAUGAUCAAGUGCAUCCAGAUGAUGUAGAUAAACUCCGCGAGCAGCUUUCCACUUCAGAAAAUGCCCUGACAGGGCGUAUCCUGGAUCUGAAGACUGGAACAGUGAAAAAGGAAGGUCAACAGUCUUCCAUGAGGAUGUGUAUGGGCUCAAGAAGGUCAUUUAUUUGUCGAAUGAGAUGUGGUAAUAGCACUGUGGAUCCAGUCACCAUGAACAGACUGAGCUUUGUGAGGAACAGAUGCAGGAAUGGACUUGGCUCUGUGAAGGAUGGAGAACCUCACUUUGUGGUGGUCCACUGCACAGGCUACAUUAAGGCCUGGCCUCCAGCAGGUGUUUCCCUCCCAGAUGAUGACCCAGAGGCUGGCCAGGGGAGCAAGUUUUGCUUAGUGGCCAUUGGCAGAUUGCAGGUAACUAGUUCUCCCAACUGUACAGACAUGAGUAAUGUUUGUCAGCCAACAGAAUUCAUCUCCCGACACAACAUUGAAGGGAUAUUCACUUUUGUGGAUCAUCGUUGUGUAGCUACUGUUGGCUACCAGCCACAGGAACUCUUAGGAAAGAAUAUUGUAGAAUUCUGUCAUCCUGAAGACCAGCAGCUUCUAAGAGACAGCUUCCAGCAGGUGGUAAAGUUGAAAGGACAGGUGCUAUCUGUCAUGUUCCGGUUUCGUUCUAAGAAUAGAGAAUGGCUCUGGAUGAGAACUAGCUCCUUUACUUUCCAGAAUCCUUACUCAGAUGAGAUUGAGUAUAUCAUCUGUACAAAUACCAAUGUAAAAAACUCUAGCCAGGAACCACGGCCUGCACUGUCCAACACAAUUCAGAGGCCACAGCUAGGUCCCACAGCUAAUUUACCCCUAGAGAUGGGCUCGGGGCAGCUGGCACCCAGGCAGCAGCAACAGCAAACAGAACUAGACAUAGUAUCAGGAAGAGAUGGACUGGCCAGUUACAAUCAUUCCCAGGUUUCUGUCCAGUCUGUGACAGCUACAGGGCCAGAACACAGCAAGCCCCUUGAAAAGUCAGAUGGUCUGUUUACCCAAGAUAGAGAUCCAAGAUUUUCAGAAAUCUUUUCCAACAUCAAUACAGAUCAGAGUAAAGGCAUCUCUUCCAGCACUGUCCCUGCCACCCAACAGCUAUUCUCCCAGGGAAGCACAUUCCCUCCUAACCCCCGGUCGGCAGAGAAUUUCAGGAAUAGUAGUCUGGCCCCUCCUGUAACCAUUGUCCAGCCAUCAUCUUCUGCAGGACAGAUGUUGGCCCAGAUUUCUCGCCACUCCAAUCCUACCCAGGGAGCAGCCCCGGCUUGGACCCCUAGCACCCGCCCAGGCUUCUCUGCCCAGCAGGUGGCUACACAGGGUACAAACAAAACUCGUUCUUCCCAAUUUGGUGUGGGCAACUUUCAGACUCCAUCCUCCUUCAAUGCCGUGCCUCUCCCUGGCGCUCCUGCUGCGGCGCCUCGCACCGCUGCCUACCCUGCUCUCACCAAUCGUGGAUCCAGCUUCGCUCCUGAUACUGGACAAACUGCAGGACAAUUCCAGACACGAACAGCAGAGGGUGUGGGUGUCUGGCCACAAUGGCAGGGUCAGCAGCCUCAUCAUCGCUCAAGUUCUAGUGAGCAACAUGUUCAGCAGCCAUCAGCACAACAAUCUAGCCAGCCUGAGGUCUUCCAGGAGAUGUUGUCCAUGCUGGGGGACCAGAGCAACAGCUACAACAAUCAAGAAUUUCCUGACCUAACUAUGUUUCCCUCCUUUUCAGAAUAGAACUAUUGGGGUGAGGAUAAGGGGUAGGGGAGAAAAAUCAACAGUUUUUAAAAGCAACUCUUUUGUAAACAAAAUAAAAGUUCCUCUCCCUUCCCUUCCCUCACCCCCUAAUAUGUACCCCUAUCCCUUCUGGACUUUCCUUGCCUUCUCUUCCCUAUCUGAGGUAACAUUUAUAGAAGGAAUUAAAUCAAUCCCUAAGGCUUCUAGAGCCUUUGAAAAUUUGAGGCUAGGUAAAGAUAGAAUGCCUUUCUUUAUGUCUCCUGACCAGAAACUGCACAAAGAUGGUUUGUGCAAGGGUCAAGGGGCAGGUUAGAAGAAUCUGACAUCCACUAUUUGCCUUGGAUACUGUGGUUUAUUUUGUUAAGAAAUUCUGAAUAGGGUGGAAUAGAGGAGGAAUAUCCUCAUAAUUGAGACCCAUGGUAUGUAUACAUGGGGCUUUAGGAAGUGAGUAUAGGCUCUUUCUGCUACCUGUGAGCGAUUCCCCUGGAAAGAAUCAUGUAAGAAAGAGAACAAGAAUGUGUGUGUGUGUGUGUGUGUGCGUGUGUAUGUGUGUAUGUGUGCGCGUGCAAAUGUGAGUACAUGCACGGUCCUGUAUUUCUUUCUCCCUAUUAGGGAGUUUAUGCAAAAUUUGUUCCAGAUUUUGUCUUUGUAUGUUUGUGUGCUCUUCAAAGAGUCCUAAGAAAUUAAAUCUUCCAAGUAUUUUCCAUUUAGUGUUGCAGCCAAAGUAUUUAUUAAGUCUUUGCUGCACUUACAUAUAUACCCAGCCAACAUGCAACUAGAGGCAAAUAUAUAAUGUCUUCUAUUGAUAAGGUUGAUCUCUAACCUAACACAUUCAGUGAUCAAGCUGGAUUACUCCUGCUUUUGGUGCUCUUGCCUUACUUGGAAGAUCUGUAACAUUACUGAAAUAGGCUGGUCAGAUAAACACUUUACAAAGUCCCAGACUUGGCCAUAAGGAUAAUGCUGCAUUUUCUGUCAGAAUCACACAGUGUGUGUUCUGUAAAGGUUAUUUCUGCAUGGAAACUCAACUUCUUGGAUUAGCAGUCCCAGUGAAAAUCCUCACUGUUGGAGUAUAAACCAAAUAUACAGUCCUUUUGCAAAGUAGCCUUUUUUAUCCCAUCCUCAAAAUACCCUAUCUAGCAAGAAACACCGGGCCUGUAAUUCUUUCCUCUGCUCCCUUUCCAAUUUUAAGAUUGGCUUUUGUUUGGAGCAGUAUAAUUCCAUGUGUUAAGUAGAACCUGGACUCCCAUUCCAACAGGGUCACUUGGUAAUUGUAGCCAUAUAAAUGUGGAUCCAGGUUACUACUCUCACUCUUUACCUUCCUCAGGUAAGUCAUGUUUAUCAGCCUUUUAAGAAAUGUUCCUGCCAGUAUCUUAAAUGCAAGACUGAAUUAAUAAGGAAAAAAAUAUAUUAAGUAUAUUCAUAGGGGACUGAGGAGCACAGGCUGAGGGAAUAUCAUUUACUGGGUCCCCCCCACCCCUCUUUUGUCUCCAGUCUGGUGCCAGGUAGUGGAGUGGAAAAGGAAAUGAUUUAUUUUUCUAUUCUAUGUGCACACAUACAGUAUACAUAUAUAUUUAUAUCACAAUUUAUGAAACCAAAAAGUUGAGUUUCCAAUGGAACCCUUGUUUUUUUUUAAUAAUCAACUUGUUUUUAAAUGUGAUUGGGACUAUAAUAUUGUACAGUUACUAUAGGGUUUGGGGGGAAGGGGAGGGCAGAGAGAAGAUACUCUGGGGGGUUGCUUCUGUUUUCCUUCAGGGUUUUAUUUUUUGAUUUUUUUUUUUCUUGGUGGCCCUUUCUGUAUUGCUGGCAUCUGUGCUAAGCCAUACAGUGGCAAAAAUAAUGACAUGUAGCAAAGAUUUUAAAACAAUGCAUUUUUUCUUUUUGUAAAA